UGAUACACUAUGAUUCACCCCUACGACUCGACCUUGGCUUAUCGUGCCAGGAUGUUUCCUUCAUUGAGCCUUUAGUUUCUCAUCUUCGAGAGAAACCUUUUCAUGGACCACCCCGCGUUAUCACCAAUUCCUACUUGUCCUUACCUACUCUAUACAUGGCCUGUUCUCGACAUCGCGAGAGGCAGCUCCAACCUAAAAGGCGACAUAUCGUGAUUGGCCCUGUGGAUCAUCCACUGGCAGUCUCACGGCGUUUCUACUGCCCACAUGAGCAAUGGUGUUCAACGUUCAACGGCCUUGCCUUCAACAACAACAACGAAGACCAGUGUGUCGGCCAUAACAUUACGAUGUCGCGACUACCACGUCUUAGGAGCUCCUCUCCAGACAGAACUCACCUCGCCAGCGAUGCGGGUCCGUCUUUGCCCAGCAGAUCAACGACAAGUUUGAAGAGAAAGGCCAUCAUAGAGGAGGAAGAGGAAGCUGGAGACCAACCCCGAAAACUGGCAGCUGUGGGUGCGACGAGGCCGAAUAGGCCUCUACAACCAUCUCGGACGGCUACCAACACUCGCGGGGUUGCAUUACCAAAGCCACUGACAAAACCAAGAGCACCAACACUAACGCAAUCAACGAGGGGAACAAGUGCGCCUCCAACGAGCUCGAAACCACCAACGAGGUCUACCGCAUCACGUACCCCAGCAACGAGGGCUGUCUCGGGCGCACGACCAGCAAGUAGACUUUCAGACGACAAACGAUUCAACGAACUGCAAACCCAGCUGACGUCCAUCGAGGCUUCUCGUGCUGCCGACGCUGAACGCCUUGCACGGGAUAUGGAGGCAGAGCGCAACAAGGUGGCGGAGCUGCAGGCGAAUCAUCUCGCCUUGUCGAGGGAGCUGGCAACAGCCAAGUCGCAGGAGCUCAACCAGCGCCGUGAACUCGUCCAUGCUUCGGACGAGAUCGAGAAUAUGAAGAAGAAGCAUUUGCGGGAGGUAACUGAUCUGGAAGCGGACAUCAGGAAACGCGAUCGUGAGCUUAGAGAGGUCAACGACGACCUAAGGCUUUGCAGGAGCGACUUGGAGCGCGAACGGGAGACGGUCUCCUCGCUGAAGAACACUAUUUCACAUCAAUCCACCGCCCAGCUCACUCUCACCACCCAGAACUACGCCCUCGAGGCUCAGUCUACCGCUCUUCAGUCUCAAAUCGACGCUUACGCUAGAACGGUCUCCGAACUUACGCUCAAGCUUGAGUCGACACAGAAGCAAGUCGAGGACCUCAAGAAGGAAGCCAUGGAUAGCGAGCUCGUGCGGCGGAAACUCCACAACAUGGUCCAAGAGCUCAAGGGCAAUAUUCGUGUUUUCUGUCGUGUUCGCCCCGUUCUUCCUUCUGAUUUGACCACCUACGCCGCCUGGCUUUCCACAUCUGGUUCUGCAUCCAGCGGCUCCGAAGGUAGCCUCGAUUUCGAAAAGUCGAAAGAGGAGCUACAGGCAAACCUUGCCUUCCCCGACACCCGAGACCGCAAAGAAAUUGUCGUCUCGUCGUCGUCUUCGAGUGCCACCGGCCAGGAGCGGAAAGAGAUUUACAAUUUCGGAUUUGAUAGGGUGUUCGAACCGGAUUCAACGCAGGCUGAAGUCUUCGAAGAGAUAUCCCAACUCGCCCAGAGCUGUACCGAUGGAUACAAUGUCUGUAUCUUCGCAUAUGGCCAGACGGGCUCUGGAAAGUCGUUCACGAUGGAGGGCGGCGCGGCCGAUUCCAGUGCCGGGAUGAUUCCGCGAGCAGUUGAACAGGUGUUCCGCGUUGCAGAAGAAAUGAAGAGUCGAGGCUGGGAGUACAAGAUGGAAGGGCAAUUCCUCGAAAUUGACAAUGAAACUAUCAACGAUCUCCUCGGAAAGGGCGAGUUCGACAGGAAGAAACAUGAAAUCAAGCACGACGCCAAGACCGGCUCCACCCGUGUCACUGACGUCGAAGUUGUGCCGCUCACCUCAUCCUCCCAAGUGAAGUCCCUCCUGGCCAUCGCCCAGUCACGGCGGAGCGUGGCUGCGACCCUCAUGAACGAACGUUCCUCCCGCUCGCAUUCCGUCUUCACGCUGAGGAUCAGCGGUAUCAAUGUUGGCAUUGAUGGCUGCGUGGGUACUGGCGAGCGCUGCGAAGGUAGCCUCAACCUCGUUGAUCUCGCUGGUAGCGAGAGGCUCAACGUGAGCUUUGCGAAUGGGGCGGAUAAAGAGAGGGUCAGAGAGACGCAGAAUAUUAACAAGAGCUUGAGUGCUCUAGGAGACGUCAUCGCUGCACUGGGAGAGAAGGGAGAGAAAGGAGAGAAGCACAUUCCGUAUCGCAAUUCGAAGGUUACCUAUCUGCUGCAAAAUUCGUUGAGCGGAAAUUCUAAGACUCUGGUGGUGCUUAACCUGUCGCCUCUCGCUGCACAUUUGCAGGAGUCUUUGACGUCUCUUCGAUUUGCGACGAAGGUCAACAACACCACGAUCGGUACCGCGAAAAAGCAGAUCCGGACUUCAUAAG